CGUCGCGAUUUUGCAGUUGAGAGAUUUAUCGCGCGAUAAUUUUGCAUCGCGAUUUGUUUCGCUUUCUCUCGGCAACGUCUUAUCUAAUUUUUCACGAGUGCGUCCUCACGCCGUCUCUCAAUAGCUGACGAUCGUGGCGUUCUCGCCUUAGGCUCGUUUUUGCGAGAUAUGUGAUGCUGCUGGCAGAGGCCUGAGUUUGAGCCUCGCCAUCUUUGUCUAUCAUCGUCGUCGUCGCCGUCACAAAAACAGUCACGAGAAGUGAGACCUCGAUGUUCGUCGACCGUCAUCGUGUUUUCGUCGCGUGAAAAUCGUGAGUUUUAUUUUCCAAAAUUGUAUCGCUCCGGUAUCAAAUUUGUGCAAAGAUCGAUUCUACGAUUUCACGCACAUCUCCGGUGUUCCGGUUCGAUCUACCAGAGAGACCGGUUUUUUCUUUGCCAAAGCCCUUCGCAGAAUUUUACGAGGGUAUCUUUGGGACGUCUCGAAAACCUUCUUGGAACAUUCGACAAUAUCCUUGAUCCGGUGGGAUGCUACAUUGAGCGAGACGGUGGCAACCUUGCAUGGACCAUUCGCAAGAGUGACUUUUUUAUAUCUCAAAAUACGUCCACGGGAAGAAAAGACCACCGCGCAAAUAUAUGGUGUGAAGUCGAUAGAGAUCUGGCAAAGUCCACCGUUACCGAUGGGUAGGACGGAUAUGUCAAAGACGCUCAACGCCUAUAGAAUUAAAAAGAUCGAGAACAUAGGCAGAAUGACGGCGAUGACGCAGGAGGAGAUUGUGGCCGGAGCACGAACGGUCGCUCAGGGCCUGGAGGCUUUGCGUGUCGAGCACGGUGGCUUGCUACAGGGUCUGCAGUCCCAGGACGCACCGGCCGCCCGAGACAAGGCCAGUCUGCUGUCCAAGAUCAUCGAGAUGAUCGAUCUGGGUCUGGGCGAGGCGCAAGUGAUGCAGGCGCUAGCGAGCCACCUGCAGAUGGUGGAAGCGGAGAAGCAAAAGCUGAGGACGCAGGUGAAAAGGCUGUGCCAAGAGAACGCUUGGCUCAGAGACGAGCUGGCCGGAACUCAGCAAAAGCUGCAAGCGAGUGAACAAGCUGUUGCUCAAUUGGAGGAAGAGAAGCGGCAUCUAGACUUUAUGGCCAGUAUGCGGCAAUAUGAUCCGGAUCCAUCGACAGAGGAUGAAAAUGCUAAGGAUCGACCGAAGGACGACCCAGUAGUGGAUCUCUUUCCCGAUGAUGACACGGAUGAUCGAAAUAGUAAAUCCAUAUCUCCGACUCCGCCGUCGCAGUUUGCGCAACAAGUGAACGCCGGCUACGAGAUACCGGCACGUUUGCGCACACUGCACAAUCUGGUGAUUCAAUAUGCGAGUCAAGGCCGCUACGAAGUGGCGGUCCCCCUGUGCAAACAAGCCUUAGAGGAUUUGGAAAAAACCUCCGGACACGAUCAUCCCGACGUAGCGACCAUGCUGAACAUUCUCGCUCUCGUAUAUCGAGAUCAAAACAAAUAUAAAGAAGCCGCGAAUCUUCUGAAUGACGCUCUAGCGAUCCGCGAAAAGACCUUAGGUGAGAAUCAUCCUGCAGUGGCGGCAACGCUGAACAAUCUAGCGGUGCUGUAUGGAAAACGAGGGAAGUACAAGGAGGCUGAACCUCUGUGCAAGCGAGCAUUGGAGAUCCGUGAGAAGGUGCUAGGUCGCGACCAUCCGGAUGUGGCAAAGCAACUCAAUAAUUUAGCGCUACUGUGUCAGAACCAGGGCAAAUACGAGGAGGUUGAACGUUACUAUCAGCGCGCGCUCGAAAUUUAUGAAGCCAAAUUGGGCCCGGACGAUCCAAACGUCGCUAAGACGAAGAACAAUCUGGCGUCCUGUUACCUAAAACAGGGAAAGUACAAAGACGCCGAGGUACUGUACAAACAAGUGCUUACCAGGGCGCACGAGAGGGAAUUUGGCGCCAUUGAUGGCGACAACAAGCCAAUCUGGCAGGUAGCUGAAGAAAGGGAAGAGAACAAGCACAGAAAUAAAGAGAAUACACCGUACGGCGAGUACGGUGGCUGGCACAAAGCCGCAAAAGUAGAUUCUCCCACCGUCACCACCACCUUAAAGAACCUUGGUGCACUCUAUCGAAGACAGGGUAAAUACGAAGCCGCGGAGACGCUCGAAGACUGCGCCAUGCGAUCUCGAAGAGAGCACGUGCAGCAAGCACUGGAAUUGGUGAACAAGGCACGAGUGGCACAGUUGUUGGGUGACGAGAAAGGCUCUACCAGACGCGGCUCACGAUCCAGUUUGGCCAAUAGCGAGCACGAACAGAGUCACGAGGAGGAAUGGAAGUACGCUUUUCGUGCGAAGUAAAGAGAACAUCUGUUGAAGAAAAUUACUCGCCUAUAAUGUCGACGUGCGAAUUAUGAGAGCUGGAAUGAUGGAUUCCGCAACUGAUUGACCAAUGAUGAUGAUGAUGUCCAUUAUGACCGGAUCGUCGUUUACGUACACAGCACACAUUCCAACUGCUUCUCUCUAAUGAAAAACGCAUUGUAUGCGAGCUAGCUCCACAUUGCUGCUAGUCUCUCACGCUCGUAGCUUCAUGCGGACGACUUGGAUGCGGCACGCGAAUUGGUCUACUGUGUUCCGAACUUGUGUUUAUCUGAAUGAAUUUGAAAAAUAUCGAAUAAUCUGCGAAUCAAAAUCCAAAGGGAUCACAAUCGCUUAACUUUGCAUAUAUAUAUAUAUAUGAUUUAAUUGGGUAUCAUUUUUUCACAACGAUCAAGCGUUAUCAACUAAAACCAGAUCUGAUCAAGACCGAGUUGUCACGUGUUUGUGCACAUUUGCGCGUCGCUUGAUGUAAAUGUACUCCCACGCUCUCUGCAUCGAUCGUUUAAGUUAUUAGCGUAAUCGUCAACACUCAUUAUAUUUGCAUGCAAACAUUUUUAACGACGGUUACGUUACAAAUUUCUGAAACAGGAGAUAUCUUUUUUUUCGAUGACAAAAAAAUUUUUUCCAAGUCGUCUUAAAAGAGUGCAUCUUUCAAGAUAUGUAUUUCUUAAAAAUAAGUUUAUCAAAUUUCUUGGGAUCUUUCCCGUGGAAUCCACUGGAUAGCGUAGCGUUUUUUAAAGUUUCCACAAUGCAAAAAUUAUGACCGUAUAAUAUCGUUUUUUAAAUUUCAGAAAUAUGGAUUCUGCAAAUAAGUUCUUCAAUUUGGAACAUAUAGUAGAAAAAGGAUUAAUAUUGGAGCCAAGCAGCGUUAUUAUAGUCAUAACUGUGAGUGCGGAAAUUCUUUAUUUAUUUAUCAGGCAACUAAAAGAUGUGAUACGUUUGAUUAGUCAACGGAUAGAAUCUUGGAGCCAAAGAUUGUAAUACUUUUCUUCAACUUUCGGAAUGCACAAAUAUCGGGAGAUCAUCCUCGAGAUAAAAAUAUUGUUAUAGUUGAAGCAUUUAGGAAACAUAUUGAAUGCGUUUCGAAAGUUAUUGAAAGAAAAAUGUUUCAAUCUUUUUUUCACCGCUUACCUAUAUUUAAGAGUUCUAGAUACCAAGAAAAAGAAAUGGUGUUUUAUUAUUUAUCGUAUCUACUGAAUGGAUAUUAUCACGCGUCUCAUUAUUUUUGAAUCUCGAUCGAUUCGUAAUUGGGAACAGUAAUUGACGCAAUGAUUAUUUUUUCUUGAAAUCUAUUUAGAAUUUUAAAUGAAAAAAGCAUGUUGUUACAUUAUUUAUCAUUCUACUACAAGUAUCGUCUUCGUGAAACUCGGAGGACAUAAUAUACGAAAAACUUAAGCACAGUAAUUAUUAAUCAAUCGCAGUUGAAUAUUCUUCUUAAUCUAAUUUAUUAUAUUUGAGAAUGCCUGAUCGAGAUUGAUCAAAUCGUUUGCUUAUUUAUUGCUUGAGUUUUUUUCUGUCUAUAGUUUUCUAAAUUAUAUUUUACAAUGAAAAUUUAUUCUCAAAAGUUAUAUAUUCUCAGAAAAUUUAAGUUUGAAUAUCUGCUAUGUGAUUAAGGAUUAUAUACGCUAUGCUAUAAUAAUUAAAAUUAUGUUCGGUCGUGGAACUACGAAAUUUGGUUGAAAUUGCGUUUUAAUAUUAAAUUGAUACGUUCGAUUUGCGAGCCUCGCAAUUCAACGCGUGAAGAAUAGAAAAAUGUCAAAUUUAUACUUCGAAAUAUUGAAUUUUUUAGAAAUUGUUAUUUUCUACCUUAUCACUUUCGAUAUUCUGGAUCAUCACUCUCUUUCUAUCUUCUUGAUAUUUUUCAAUAUUCCACAACGUGUCUGAGAACUUUAAAGGCCUAGACUCUUUUUUGAUUUUACCGCAUUUUGUGGAUAUUAAUUGUCAGCAAGUAUCAGGAAAUCUUACAGACUUGGUGGAAUUUUCUAGACCUAUUUAAAAAAAGUAUUUUUCAACUCUUAAUAAUAAUAGAUGAAAAUCAGUUUCUAAAUGUUUAUUUUUAAUAAAAUUUAAAAAAAUUUAAGUCACGUAUGUUCCACGAUAUAUUUAUGAUACUUGCUGAAGAUCGAAUGUUUCUUGCUAGUAAGACUCGCAAUUACUUUUUAACGGAACUAUGAAUUUUCAAUUAAAAUGUCAAAACAUCGAUCCUAAAACAAAUUCAGCUUAGAAAAUAAUUUAAUAGGAAUUUUUGUUUUAUUUAUUUUUUUAGAUUUAUAUAAUUUUAUGAUUAAACAAUG